AUGCCGCGGACGCCGGUGAAAUCAGAGGACGAGCCUCCGUCGAAGCGGAGCAAGACGGGCGGCGCGGGUGAUGCGGCCGUGCGCGGGAGCGCGCACAAGGAGGACAGCGUCGCCCGGCGCGACCCAGGCGGGAACGUGGCGGGGGAGUGGGACUUCGUGGAGCAGAAGGGGGUGUACUCCGAGCGCGAGCUCUUCCUGCUCGGGCAGGAGGAGCGCGGGGAGAUCUCGUUCGAGUAUAUUCAGAACGACGGAACGGAAGACUCCAUGAUAUGGUUGACGCAAAUCAAAAACAUAUACUCGAAGCAGCUGCCCAACAUGCCGCGGGAGUACAUCGCGCGGCUGGUGUUCGACCGGCGGCACCGCUCCGUCGCGCUCAUCCGCGCCCGCGACAACAUGCCCGUCGGCAGCAUCACGUACCGGCCCUUCCACGCGCAGCGGUUCGCGGAGAUCGCGUUCUGCGCGGUGAUGGCGUCGCAGCAGGUCAAGGGCUACGGCACGCGGCUGAUGAACCACACCAAGCGCUACGCGCUCGAAAAGGACAACGUGACGCACUUUCUGACGUACGCCGACAACAACGCCGUGGGGUACUUCGCGAAGCAGGCCUUCACGCAGGAGAUCAAGCUCGAGCGCGAGAAGUGGGUGGGCUACAUAAAGGACUACGACGGCGGGACGCUCAUGGAGUGCGCGAUGGACCCCGCGAUGGACUACGUCCGCUUCCCGCUCGUCGUCCAGGACCAGAAGGCCGGCCUGUUCGAGGCGCUCAAGGGCUACUCGACCUUCCAUUUGGUGCGUAACGGGCUGCAGCAAUACCAGCCGCCGCGGCCGGGGGCGCCGGCGCCGGCGCUGCCGGCCGGGUCGAAGCACCCGAAGAUGCACGCGGUUGCGCGGCUGGCGCCGGAGGACGUGCCCGGGGUCGCGGAGGCGGGGUGGUCGGCGAAGGACGCGGCGCGGCACAACUUUAUACUGGUCGGGGUCCCGGGGGGACCCAAGGUGACGGAGGCGACGCUCAAGGCGCUCUUUGGGCAGGCCGUGGCGGCGGUGUCGCAGCACGCGGACGCGUGGCCGUUCCACGAGCCCGUCAACGGAGACGAGGUCCCGGACUACUACGAGGUGAUCAAGGAUCCGAUCGAUCUGCGGCUGGUCAAGGAGCGGCUGGACGCGGGGUACUACCGCACGCUCGACAUGUUUUUGGCGGACAUGAAGCUCAUGUUCAACAACUGCCGCUUCUACAACGCCCCCGAGACCAUCUACUACAAGAUCGCCGGGCGCCUCGAACAGUUCUUCGAAAGCUGGGUCCGCGAACACGUCACCUUCCUGGAGGCCUGA